AUGCCUAAGGUUACGAGUUGUAACGCCAGCCUCUGUAACGCAUUGCAACAGUGGGCUCAACUCGCGAGAGAACGGGAGUUACAGGGUAACUGCAGCAGCAGCGACCCUGCAGUCCGCUCCAGCUGCAAGCCUAGCUCAUUCACGUCCUUAAAGAACGCGUUCGUAUGGCGGACAAAUCCAAGCGCGUCAGGAACUCAGCAAUUCCCGAGCGAUCCGCUCAAAGCCGACCCGCUACCAGAGGAAGAGGUGGAGAGGCAACAGUCGGGUGGCGUGGGGCAGAUCUGCACGGAGGGGUGGAAACGCGGCGUGCUGGCGCGACUGACGAGCAGCACGUACGUCCGACAGAUGCUGGCGGACAACCAGACUCGCAUGGAGAAUAUCACCGCCGGGAUUGACGCUGUGUGUGCGCGCGCGCGGGAGGUGGAGGACGGGCUGCUGGCGAGCAUUCGAAACGGCAGUGGCGCUGCCACGUCAGCAUGCAGUGACUGGCCUGAAGCGUGCUGGCCUGUGCCGCACAUGCCCUUCGCCAUGCUCUCUGACUUCCCCCGGCGCAAGUACCUGGUGUUCGCCAUGUCGGAGGAGCAGCUGAGCAACGCGCGCACGCACAUCAUAGAGGCGGCGCGCCUGGCUCAAAUGUCCAACCGCAUCCUCGUGCUGCCCAAGGCCAGUCGCAGCCACCUCUCCCUCGGCCGAUCUCUGCCCCUCUGCGCGUACUGGGACCUCACCAAGCUGGCCGCCACAGCAGAGUGGGUGUCGCCGCAGCUCUUCCUGCUGCUCGCCCGCGCUGCCCUUCCGAAGGCGUCCGUGGGAUUCAUGUGGGUGCAGUCGCCCUACCUCCAACGCACUGCCUUCCACUACGAAUUGGCAUCUGAGUUCCUGGGGCAGCUGCUACCAUUCGCCAUGGGCCAUGUGCCUCUGGAGGCCAACACGCUGGACGUCAAGAUGCCUGCUCGGGACGACACCAUGGCCCUCACACUCAAGGCGUGGAGCAGCAGGGACGUGGUGGUGUGGUUCAAGACAACGUGGGAGCGAGUCAAGUUUCAACCUCACACGGACGACAUUGCGCUGACCAUGCUGCCGUACCAAAAGAGCCUGCAUGCCAUGGCUGAGCGCCUGCUAGCUCGUCUGCCUCGCCCCCUCAUUGCCGUUCACUUCCGCUCCGAGUUCAUCGCGUUCAGAGUGCAAGAGGACAUGGUGAGUCAGGGAGGCAAGGCGAAUGCGAGCAUGGUGCAGCAGCGGCUGGACUGGUGUGUGGGGGAGGCAGAGCGCCUCAUCACCACCGUCCGUGACUCCCCCUCCCACUCCUCUGCCGGUGGCAACAGCACCACCCCCACUGGCAGCAGCAGCGGUGGCAACAGCAGCACGGCCACUGGCAGCGGGCCAUCGGUUUUCAUUGCAGCAGACGUGCCGUUCAAUGAGUCUGCCGCCCCGGCACGGUCCGACUCGUGGACGGAGAUGGUGCAGUGGUACGAUGGGGACUCGCGCGUGCUGCAGUCCUCCUCUGCUGCGCUGCACCGCCUGCGCGCGAAUGUUUCCGGGACCGUGAUGAUCGAUGAGAUCAUGCCCGAAGUGAACGAGCUCGACCCAGACCAGGCAGGUGAGAUGGUGCAGCGGUACGACGGGGACUCCUGCAUGCUGCAGCUGUCGGCUGCUGCGCUGCACCGCCUGAGAAGAAACGUGCACGGGACCUUCUUUACUCUGCAAGAUGAUUGGCGAGCUCAUGCCGGCAGUGAACGCGCUCGACCCAGGUGGGUGAAGGGCAGAUCUGAGACGCCCUGCUAA